UUGGCUGUUAGUGAAAUGUGUAAGCGUUCACGGACUCUGUCGUCUGCAGGUACUCGUAUGAUUCCUGCCGACUUCCUCAUUCCUGCUCAGUCUCAGCAUCCGAUCAGAGACAACCUCCACCACAAGAUCCUGGUGGCAAACUUCUUGGCUCAGACAGAAGCUCUGAUGAAAGGAAAAACCACGGACGAGGCUCGUAAAGAGCUGGAGGCCGGCGGCCUGAAGGGCGGCGCUCUGGAGCAGCUGCUGCCUCACAAAGUUUUUCAGGGAAACAAACCGAGUAACUCCAUCGUCUUCAAGAAGCUGACGCCGUUCAUUCUGGGAGCUCUGGUCGCCAUGUAUGAACAUAAGAUCUUCGUCCAGGGCGUCAUGUGGGACAUCAACAGUUACGACCAGUGGGGGUGAGCUGCACCACACUGUCUUCACCAGCAGAGGGCGAUAGUCGGUAUCUAACAACGUUAAAGACAGAGAGAAAUAAAAACAGGAAAUGUGUUCAGGAGGUUUUCUAUGUAGGCUGAUGAAGCUCGUCUGUCCCAGGUGACAUCAUCACUCUUAACAUCGGCG